AUUUUUCUCUUUAUUUUCAUGAACAUUGCGAAUCUGAACAGGUAGAGUAGAAGAAAUGCUAGCUCCAUAACAAUUUAGAAACAGUUUCCAUAUAUAGUCAUAUCUUCUUCCUAUAGCUAAUAUAGAUAAGUAGGUAGCGAGUGUGAGAGAGAGAUCAGAGAGAGAAAUAGAUUGAGCAGAUGAGUGGCUUAGAACCAGCAGGUUCUCGCUAUGUCCACCAGCUCCUGGGACCAGAGCUCCAACUACAAAGACCAUCACAGCCCCAACUCACAGAUUCCAAACACUCUCCAGAGAAAGAGCAAAUACCUAGUACGGACCCUGAUGCCCCCACUACAAGUUCAGGAGCAACCUCUAGUCGCAGGCCUCGUGGCCGUCCUGCUGGUUCCAAAAACAAGCCCAAGCCACCGAUAAUCAUCACCCAGGACAGCCCAAAUGCACUGAAAUCCCAAGUACUUGAAGUCUCUGCAGGUUCAGACAUAGUUGAAUCAGUCUCAAAUUACGCCUUGCGCCGUGGCCGUGGAGUUUGUGUCCUUAGUGGCAGUGGUUCUGUCACCAAUGUAACUUUGCGACAGCCAGCAUCACCAGCUAGGAGUGUUGUAACAUUACAUGGGAGGUUUGACAUAUUGUCUCUGACUGGGACAGCUCUGCCACCACCAGCUCCUCCGGGAGCUGGUGGUUUGACUAUUUUUUUGGCAGGUGGGCAAGGACAAGUCAUGGGAGGGAGCGUGGUGUCACCUUUGACAGCUUCAAGUUCUGUGCUUUUGAUGGUUGCAUCAUUUGCAAAUGCAGUGUAUGAUAGGUUACCAUUGGAGGAGGAAGACUCAAGAGUGCAGGUACAGCCUACAGCUUCACAAACUUCGGGAGUGACCGGUGGCCAAUUGGGUGAUGGAGGAAGCGGUGGCAGCAGUGGUGGUGUUCCUUUUUAUAAUUUGGGGGUGAGCAUGGGAAAUUAUACAGCCUUCCCUGGUGAUGCUUUUGGUAAUUGGGGUGGUGGCAAUGCAGCUAGGCCACCAUUUUAGUAUUGUUUUUCUUAUAAGAUGAGGGGGUUGCUAUUAUCAACCACCUCUCUCAGACUUUGCAGAAAUGGGAGCUCUGUGUCAGAUGAGUUGGAAGUGGAAGGGGGUGUUUUUAGAUGUUUGUUGUUAGAAUGUUGGUAUAUGUAUCUUGGUUUUGACUGUUGAGAUGAGCAUAUAUAUGGGGAAGAUGAAGAUUUCAAUGGUCUGCAGACAUAUAAAUAUUAAUCAGGAAGAGAGUAGAAUGAAAUCCUGUGAUAUUUUAUCAGGACAAACAUGUUUCUGAGGGAAAAACUCGUGAUAUAUAUAG